GAGUGUGACCCAAAAAUUAAUCUCUCAUCUCUCCUUCUUCUACAAGCACAAGAAUAAACACAAUCUAUAUAUAAAUGCAUAUAUGCGUGUUUAAAUCACCAAAAUUUGUUUGAGACACAACCAUCUGAUCAGAUUCAGAAGAUAUUAACACCUUCAUCAUAUCACCAUUGAUAUAUACACAUUCAAUCUCAAUCAUGCUGCGGGAGUCCUCCAUUGAUUGGAGCUUUCGCAGCAGUAAAUAUGUAUUUGUCAGCUAUGAAAUUCGAUAUAACGCGUUGUCUGAACCGCUAGAGUUGAUAGCCGAUUCGUCUUAAUUCAAGGUUUCAGGCAAUCUAAAGGUGAAGCUUCUAUUGUUGCUAACGAUGGUGUGCGGUACUAUGUCGGUUUCCAGUCAGUCAACCACCCCGAAAACCGAAAGCCCGAGACCAGGACGAAGACCAAGCAUCCUUAACCGAUCAAUCUCGGGUCAAAAUUUAAGACAGCAUGCAAGACUUCAAAGAGCAUACUCGGACAACAAUCUCUGUUACUCUGCUAAUAAUGUUCAGGCGUCGAUGAAUCAACCGAAGUUGAAAAACAGCCGUUCAAUGGGAGUUUUCAACUUGAAACCGUCAAGCUCGAUUGUUCCAAAUGCACUCAAGACAGAUGUCGGUGAGAUAAUGGCGAAGGAAGGGAAGAAACGAGGUAACUGGAUCGAGAUGCUAAUGGAAAUUAGAAGCCGAUGGGUUCAAAAACAAAACAAUGAACUCGACGGUGAUAACGAAGAAGAAAAGGGAUGUGAUGACGGUUGUGAGGUGGAUUACAACGAUGACGAAGACAAUGUUAUCGUUAAUCAGGAGACGUUCUCCGGAAUGUUGAAGCACGUAUCUUGGUCCGAUACCAAGCUUUUAUCACAACUAGCUUUUCUCUGUAACAUGGCUUACGUUAUCCCAGAGAUCGAGGAGGACGACUUGAGACGAUACUAUGAUUUAACAUUUGUAACAUCUUCAUUGGAGAGGAAAGCACUAGCCGAAGCGAUUUGCGAACCGGUGACUACCUCAGCAGCCAACCAGAGGACCGAAAAGUGUAUAACCCGUACUUCUGCUGCGUACGAGAUAGCAGCCUCGGCUGCAACAUACGUGCAAUCCCAAGCAGGCCGUCUUAUAAACCUUGAUUCUAAACCGCGCCCGGAGGAAGAUGAUGAUGUCAUCUUAGACAAGACAGAUUCGUCUCAAAGAGUGUAUAAUUCAGAGAUGGCGGCGUAUAUGGCGGCUACUACUAUCACGGCGGUUGUUGCGGCACCUGAGAAGGAAAAACAGGAGGCUGCAAAGGAUCUACAGUCGCUUCAUUCGUCCCCUUGUGAAUGGUUUAUUUGCGAUGAUUCGAGUAUAUACACUCGGUGUUUUGUCAUCCAGGGUUCGGAUUCGGUGGCAUCAUGGCAGGCAAAUCUCUUUUUUGAACCAACUAAGUUCGAGGAAACAGGUGUGCUAGUUCACAGGGGAAUAUACGAAGCGGCCAAGGGUAUAUACGAGCAAUUCAUGCCGCAUAUUUUGGAACAUAUGAACCGAUACGGUGAAAGAGCAAAGCUUCAAUUCACAGGACACUCUCUUGGGGGGAGUCUCUCUCUACUAGUCAACUUGAUGUUAUUGACCCGGAACGUGGUCAAACCAUCAGCUCUAAGACCAGUAGUCACCUUCGGUUCACCAUUUGUGUUCUGUAACGGUCAAAAGAUUCUCGAUCAGCUGGGGCUAGACGAGAACCAUGUUCACUGUGUCAUGAUGCACAGAGACAUUGUUCCUAGAGCGUUUUCAUGCAAUUACCCGAACCAUGUCGCACAGUUACUCAAACGUUUGUGUGGUACAUUCCGCUCUCAUCCAUGCCUAAAUAAAAACAGUUUGCUAUAUACACCGUUGGGAAAAAUGUUCAUCAUCCAACCCGAUGAAAAGUCGUCGCCACAUCAUCCGUUACUCCCUCCCGGAAGUGCUCUAUACGCUAUGGAGAAUACAAACCACGGUUCAACAAAAACCGCACUGCGGGCUUUUCUAAACUCCCCACAUCCAAUAGAAACGUUACAACACCCAACAGCCUACGGUUCAGAUGGCACGAUCCUUAAAGACCAUGACUCAAGCAACUACCUAAAGGCGGUAAAUGAGAUUAUAAGACAACACACAAAGACGUUCAUAAAGAAACCUAAAGAGCAGAGGAACUUGUUGUGGCCGUUAUUGACUUCACAAUCUCCACAUUCGUGGAGUCAAGAAACGAAACAUGAAGAGAACAAGUUGACGGUUUUGAAUCAAAAGAGGUUGAUUACUACAGAGGCAGCGUGAAAGUUGGAAUCUGUUAUGUCGUGGAAACUAAAACUAAAGUACUAAACUAACCAGUUAUGUUCACCUAAUUAGUAACUAAAGUAUUGUAAAUUAUAUUAUGUAUUUACUAAUAGAUGAUAUUAAUAAUGUAAUCGAAUUAAGUAAA